UUCUUGUGCGUGCGCGCUCGCGGCGGCGGAACGAGUGAUCGGAGUUGAAGUUCGUGCGAUGAGUGUCUCUCUGGAUCCCGAUCCGUAAAUGAGGUUCGGCUCCUUUACAGCUUCUAACGCGCUCCCUAGGCGCGGAUAUGUGAGUUUGACAGCCGGUAACGGGACAGACGGUCUCGGGUUCAGUUCGAUCCGGUGAUGCGGUUCGGUUCGGCUCGGCUCGAGUCUCCAUGACAACAGAAUCAGCGGACCCUGGUAAACAAUCUGAUAAACAUCUCCUGCAGUUCCAAAGAUGAAAGAAAGUCAUGUGAAACUUGGAUGGCUUUGACAGCGCUCGUUACCAUGGAGACGUCACAUGUGAACGGCGACGCCCGGUCAGAGAAACAGGCCAGUGGCGCCGCCCUGCAGGUUCAUCUGUACUGCUGCAGAGACGAACCGAGUGCGCUGUCGUAUCCGCCCGGAGAAUACGUGGCAGAAGAGAUCUGCAUAAAGGCAGCCAAGGAGUGCGGUGUCAGUCCCACGUACUGCAGUCUGUUUGGACUCAUGAGAGAGCGAGACCGCGUGUGGCUUCCGCCCAAUCACAUCUUCAAGAUGGAGCCCUCGGCCAAUGAGACGCUGCUGUUCAGGAUCAGGUUUUAUUUUCCAGGCUGGUACGGCAGCGGCUCAAACUCCGCCCGCAGGUACGGCGUCACCAAGAGUUCAGAGGCACCUGUGCUCGAUGACAUCACAACGGCCUACCUGUUUGCACAGUGGAGGUCAGAUUUUCUGAGUGGCGCGGUCAGCGUUCCCAUCAGCCUGGAGUUUCAGGAAGAGUGUUUGGGAUUGGCUGUUCUUGAUAUGAUGCGUUUGGCCAAAGAAAAAGCCAAGUCACCUGUUGACAUCUACAACCACAACAGUUACAAGUCGUUCCUCCCGAAGAACAUGCGAGCGCACAUUCAGAAUCAGCACUUUGUGACCCGGAAGCGGAUCCGCUUCCGCUUCAGGAAGUUCAUUCAUCAGUUCGGUGCGUGUAAAGCCACGCCGCGAGACCUGAAGCUCAAAUACGUGGUCAGUCUGGAGACGCUGCAGUCGGCCUUCUACACUGAACGAUUUCAGGUCAAUGAGCCGUCCACAGGGAACGUCACCAUCGUCAUCAGCGGAAACCACGGGAUCCGGUGGUCCCGAGGAAAGGAGGCGAGAGACCGAGAGGAUCUGCAGGUUUACUGCGAUUUCUCUGAUGUCAUCGACAUCAGUAUAAAGCAGGGGACUAAAGACGGAUCGGUGGAGAACCGAAUCGUCUCAAUAAACAGACAGGACAGUCAGACGCUGGAGCUGGAGUUUCAUUCUCUGAGCGAGGCGCUGUCCUUCGUGUCUUUGAUCGACGGCUACUACAGACUCACUACAGACACGCAUCAUUACCUGUGUAAGGAGGUGGCGCCCCCUAGACUGCUGGAGGCCAUUCAGAUCAACUGCCACGGGCCCAUGUCGACGGAGUUUGCCAUCAGCCGCUUGCGACGAUGUGAAAACCAGCGGGGCGUUUAUAUCCUGAGGUGCAGCCCUAAAGAUUACGACCGGUACUUCCUGUCCUUCGUCGUGGAGUACGAGGGUCAGCUGGAGUUCAAACACUGUCUGGUCGUUCGCUCUCAUUCUGGCGAGUUUGUGCUGAACGGAGCCAAAUGCAGUUUUGCCAGUCUGGGUGAAUUACUGCAGCGCUACCAGAAGGAGGCGCUGCGCUCCGACAGACACGUGUUCCAGCUGAGCCGCUGCUGUCCGCCGCGGAGCAAAGAUAAAUCCAACCUGCUGGUGUGCAGGAACCAGACCUCUGACGCGCGUCUCUCGCCUUCUGAGUUCAAACAUGUCAACCAGAUGAUCUUCCACAAGAUCCAUAAGGAAGAUCUGGAGACUAGGGAGAGUUUGGGUCAGGGAACGUUCACGCAGGUCUUCCGCGGCGUCCGGCGAGAGCUCGGUGAUUACGGCGAGAUCCACAAGAUGGACGUCGUGCUGAAAGUUCUGGAUAAGAGCCACCGCAACUACACAGAGUCGUUCUUUGAGUCGGCGAGCAUGAUGAGCCAGCUAUCCCACAAACACUUGCUGCUGAACUACGGCGUGUGUGUGUGUGCAGAAGAGCACAUCAUGGUGCAGGAGUAUGUGCGCUUCGGCUCUCUGGACACGUACCUGAAGCGCAACCGCAACACCAUCAACAUCACCUGGAAGCUGGAGGCGGUGAAGCAACUGGCCUGGGCGCUGCACCACCUGGAGGAGAAGAACCUGAUCCAUGGAAACGUCUGCGCCAGGAACGUUCUGGUGACCCGAGAGGAAGACCGAAAGACGGGAACGCCUCCGUUCAUCAAACUUAGCGACCCGGGGAUCAGCAUCACCGUCCAGCCCAGAGAAUUUCUGCUGGACCGUAUCCCAUGGGUUCCUCCGGAGUGCGUGAAGGACAGCAAGAACUUGAGUUUGGCAGCGGAUAAGUGGAGUUUCGGCACCACACUGUGGGAGAUCUACUGCAGCGGAGACCAUCCACUCGCCACCUAUGACGCCUGCAAGAAGCUGCUGUUUUAUGAGGACAAGCACCAGCUUCCGGCUCCUAAAUGGACUGAACUGGCCAGUGUGAUCAACAGCUGCAUGGACUACGAGCCGCUGCACCGACCCUCGUUCAGAGCCGUCAUCCGAGACCUCAACAGCCUCUUCACCCCAGACUACGAGCUGUUGAUGGAGAGCGAGACUCUUCCCAGCAGGAAUCGGCCUUUAGGUUUCGCUGGAGCCUUUGAGAAUCGGGAUCCCACUCAGUUUGAGGCCAGGCACCUAAUCUUCCUCCAGUUGCUGGGGAAGGGGAACUUCGGCAGUGUGGAGAAGUGCCGCUACGACCCGCUGCAGGACAACACGGGCGAGGUCGUCGCCGUCAAGAAGCUGCAGCACAGCACGGCUGAGCACCUGCGCGACUUUGAGCGGGAAAUCGAGAUCCUGCGAUCGCUGCAGCAUGAGAACAUCGUCAGAUAUAAGGGCGUGUGUUACAGCGCAGGUCGUAAGAACCUGCGGCUGGUCAUGGAGUACCUGCCGUUUGGUAGUUUGAGAGAUUAUCUUUCGAAAAACAAAGAGCGUUUCGACCACAUGAAGCUCCUGCUGUACGCAUCUCAGAUCUGCAAGGGGAUGGACUACCUCGCAUCGAAGCGCUACGUCCAUCGAGACCUGGCUACGCGAAACAUUCUGGUGGAGAGUGAGUUUCGCGUCAAGAUCGGAGACUUUGGCCUGACUAAAGUCCUUCCUCAGGAUAAGGAGUAUUACACAGUCCGUGAGCCGGGUGAAAGUCCCAUAUUCUGGUACGCCCCAGAGUCUCUGACCGAGAGCAAGUUCAGCGUGGCGUCAGACAUCUGGAGUUUUGGAGUCGUUCUCUAUGAACUCUUUACAUACAGUGACAAAAGCUGCAGCCCUCCAGCUGUGUUUAUGGAGCAGAUGGGCGAAGAUAAACAGGGUCAGAUGAUAGUUUAUCACCUGAUCGAUCUGCUCAAGCGGAACUACCGUCUGCCACCUCCAGAUGGGUGUCCUGCUGAGAUUCACUCAUUGAUGAAGGAGUGUUGGGCGGCAGAACCGAGUGAUCGGCCCACGUUCAAAGGUCUCGCUCAGAGAGUCGACGCCAUCCAGGACAGCAGGAGCGUCUGACGAGCAGGAGAACAUCUAACGCUUGAACCACAGAGCUGUUCUGUGUCUGCGGCCUUCAGUAUCCUGUGGCCUUCCUUCAAUGUUUCUUGUUUUUCCUCUGGAAUUCUGGGAUAUGCUGCAUGUUCUUUUACUAUCAGGGGUUUUCAGAAUUUCUUGCAGGUGUUUAUGUUCAUUUUAAAUGACCAUUCAUUCAGUGGGAGUACAACAUUAUAACCAUGUUAUUAAAUAAUUCUUUUUUACUUUAUUUUCAAUUCAGUUUGUAAGUAUUUGUAUGUUGUUGUUUUCUCUCCAUUAUUUCAUGAAUUCCAGUUUGAAAACCCCUGGAUGAACUGAACUUUCUCUAGAAGAUCAAAAACACUUCUGCUGUUUUAGAGGCAGAAGUUUGUGUCCAGUAUGGCGAUCCAGAUGUGUGCGGAUGCAAGUGUUCAUGGGAGAUAGCCUAUCAGACUGAAAUGUCCUGCAGUGUGUCUUUAAAGGGCAUGUAUGUGUACAGUAAUUAUGCAUGCAGCCUCAUAUACAUUUGUAAUAUUAGUACAUUUACAGCUUGUGUGUCUGGCGUUCAGAUCAUCAGAGAGUUUCUGGUGCAUCAGUUUGACGUCCUGAAGAGCGAAAUACUGUGACAGUGUGUGUAAAUCUCUAGUGAGAGUUUAUCACUAAAAUAUGCAAAUCUUGUGAAAACAUCACAUCAGCACCUGCUGAUAAUCACCAUAUUUUUAGGAUGUUUUUUUCUCCAUGUACUCAUUUCUGAUUAGGGAUGUCCUGAGCCGAUCUCAAGGAUCAGUAUCGGGGCUGAUUAAGCAUGUUUUUAACUGAUCGGUAUUGGCUAUCCUAAACCCGAUCCUUUAUUUUACGUCAGCUGUCACGCAGAUGUCGUGCAGUAGGUGGCGGUGUGCAGCUUUAAGAGGGUUCCGCCAUUAAAAGGAAAAGAAGAAGUUCAAACGUAAAUGAGGUCUGUUCUAGCGCACAUUCAAGCUUCCAUGUUUGGCUUAUUUGAUGCGCACUUUUGUAACAAAUCACUUGGAAGUCAUUUAUUAACUGUUUAAUUUUAUCUUAAGUCAGACUGAGAAGUCGUGUCCUAACACACUGCUAUCCAGAGUUCCUUCACUGAAAAGUGAAGCAAAAGCAUUUCAAUCGCCCCCUGGUGGCUGGCUGCAGUAUAGGUCAUAAUCAUUUUUUUCCAAAGAUGGUUUCAGUCAUUUUAAGUAUUUCUUAGCAUGCCGAUGCAUGUUCAAGUGUUUGUUUUUCCAAUAAGUUUGGUUUCAGUUAGUUGUUCGAUGUUAUAAAAAUGGGGUGCAACAACAUGAUUGACAGCUGUGCAGGAGCGGGAGUGUGGGCGGGGCCUUGAUACCGCGGCUCCACUACUGGCUCCGAACGACGUUAUCGGAAUGACCGGUCCUGGAAUAUUUUGGCUUCAUUUUUCUGCAGUGGAAGGAAGCAGAGACGCGACUGACAUACUAGCAUUCUGACGCCGCAAGCUUCAUGCUUUCUAACCUUAUCUCCAUUUUUUUUUUGUUGUUGUGGCAAUUAUUAUGCUUAUUGUAAAUAUAAAAUACAAGAAUUUUAUUUCAGUGGUCCCAUAUUCAUUUUCAAUGUUUGGGUUAGAGAUUUUAGCUGCACAACAGAGAGGAAACCUUCCAGAUCAUUUCAUCAUUUAAUCUCAAUCCUCACACUGGAUCUUUCUCUCAUUUCUCCUACAUGGGCUUUUAUUGAACUUUUACUGAAUCAGUGUGAAUGCACUAAAUGAUUGUUUUUAUAAUAAUUAUUAUUGCAUUUAUUUGUGAUAUUUUUGUGAGGUACACUGGUGUACUGAAGUUAAACAAAUGUCCCAAAGAAACAAAAGGGAUGUCUACUUUUCUUAAUAUAAGAUCAAGUUAAUAAAACCAUUUUGCAAAUAA